AUGUUUUUUGUUCCACUCACUUUAUUCUACAGAAUGUUUCGUAACGAUGAUCGGCCCAGCAAACGUCAACGUGUGGAUUACGACGAGAUGGAUGAUGACGAUGAGCGCGAUAGUCGACCUAAAAGGACAUUGGCGUCAACCGUGGUUAUGCCUUCAAUCGAGACGAAGAGCCGCGAGGAGAAAAUUGAAGAAAUGAAUAAAACUGAGAAGAAGGAAGUAACAACCAGGUUGGUGAAAAGUAGGCUUUUUCACUGUUUGAUGAUAGCAAGAAAUAUUGAUAUUUAUCAUUUACUAGUAACUCCGUUAUUUUUAAUCGUUAUCGAGCACUAUAAGCUGCUACGUAACUUUAUUCAAACACAAACUAAGCCCACCAUAUUCUUCGCACCAGCUAAGCAUUCUAUGCGCUCGCUUGAACUUCUCAAAGCCUCCGAAAAGGCUAUUGAUGCUACCUUUAUUGAAAUAAAAAAUGAGAUUCGACAAUUGUUUGCUAACAGUAGUGACUUUGUGCAACAAUUUUCCAAUUUUGCAAUUUUUUAUGGAUGGUCGUAUUUAAAUAUUGAAGCGACUAAAUAG